AACUCCGCUACUUUGGAAUCUUACUCUCUUGGGCUUCUCCGCCACAAUAUAUCUUCAUAAUUCUACAUUAUUCUUAUCUUUAUACAAAUGGUUUCUCUUUUUUCUCUGAAACUCUUCACCCUCUUCUUCUCUCUCCCUCUGUUCCAGCCUUUCUAAAUGGUUCAACAUUGAGAAAUGCUGAAUUCUCUUCUUCUUUUACAUUAUACAAUUAUUAAGGCCAAAAAGUGGGUACGAAAAUGAAUGGCAUGGCUUCUCGUUUUGAUUUCAAAGAGAUUCAGGAAAAGGUUUCUCUUCAUUUGAGGCCAUGGCAUCGCUCUUUUCAAUUCUGGGUUCGAGCUGCUGAUAUUUAUACAGGAUACAAGGCGUUUCAAGUUCGAGUGAGUUUUGUGAAGGAUAGUCAAAAACAACAUGCAAUGUGGGAAAGACAGCAUGAGCUUGCUGCUGACAAGAUUUAUGCUAUGUGUUCUGACCUUGGUGGGUUCUUCCUUAAGGUUGCUCAAAUUAUUGGGAAGCCAGACCUAGCCCCAGCUGCAUGGGUGAGAAAGCUUGUUACAAUGUGUGAUCAAGCCCCUGCAACAUUUAAUGCUGUUCAACUUGUUUUAGAGAAGGAGUUGGGUUGAAGUAUUGGUGAGAUUUUUGAAAAGUUUGAUGUAAAUCCUCUUGGUUCGGCUUCAAUUGCGCAGGUACUACUUUCCAUUUCUUUACAUAGCUCGAAAUUCUGAAUGAGUUGGCUGGGAAGGGUAUGUAUUCAAAUUUGGAGCUUUUCUAUAAUUAGAAUGGAUAAAGAACAUAUAUUUUCAUUGAAUAGGCUUCACACUUGCCAAAAUAUGACAGGCUAUUACACAAUUUAGCUUUAAGGACACGGUUUUGAUAAUUUUGUUUAUUAUUAUUUUUAAGCCAUUGGCUUAACUCUUAAUUCUUACUGGUAUGAUAUUGCUUAUGAGAAUCCUAUGGAUAUACCUAUAUGUGUUCAUCGAGCAAGACUCAAAGGUGAUGUGGAAGAUGUUGUUGUGAAGGUGCAACAUCCUGGAGUCCAAGAUCUGAUGAUGACUGACAUCCGUAACUUGCAAGCAUUUGCAUUGUACAUGCAAAAGACAGUUAUCAAAUUUGAUCUGUAUUCUGUUACCAAGGAAAUGGAAAAACAGAUUGGGUAUGAAUUUGACUUUCUAAGAGAAGCCAAUGCUAUGGAUAGAAUUCACCGUUUCUUAAACGAGAACAACAAAAAAUCUCCAGUUCAGGUUCCGAGAUUGCUCAAGGAUUUGGUUACAAGGAGGGUCAUAGUGAUGGAAUAUAUCGAUGGAAUCCCGAUCUUGAAUCUUGGUGAUGAAAUGGCUAAAAGAGGAAUAAAUCCUUGCGGUAAGAUGGCAGCAGCAGCAAAGAAGGAACUCAGCAUAGGUACUGUAAGCAAUUGUGAGAACGAGCAACAGGAAUUGUUUCGCCUGGCGCAAACAAUGUUUGAUACUAAACUACCUCCCGGAGUGAAAAUGCUCCAACCAUUCUCUGAAGAUUCUUCAAUAAAAAAAAUCGAUGUACAGUCUUUCCCCGAGGAACUUUUUUCAGUUCUUCGUACAGUACAUCUUCUGAGUGGACUUAGUGUUGGUCUUGGAAUAAACUACUCAUGUGCAGAACAGUGGAGGCCUAUUGCAGAAGAGGCAUUGCAUAAUGCUGGAAAGUUGGAAGGAGCACGAAAGCAGAGUUAUUGGAGAAGAUAUUUUCGGAGAAAUUGAUUGGCAAUUGAAAGAAUAGCAGGCUUAAAUCAGUGUGUUGUACAUCAAGCUAGUUUGUGAACUGAUCAACUGUGCGAAAUCCGGCUUCUUUCAGGAGAUUUUUGUAGAGAAAAUGAUUGGCACUCAAAGAAGGUAGGCUUAAAUCCGUCUAUAAUAAUACUAGUUUGCUGUGUAUUAUGUAUGUAUAUGCAUAGAGAGAUUACAAGCUAGUUUAUGGACUGUUUCUUUUUCU